AUGAAGAAGCCCGCUGAUAACGCCGGUCUGGUGCCUCCUUCGCCCGAAAAAAAAACGGGUACCAAGCAAGGACUAGCUGCUACUAGCAGGCAGUUCCGUCGGUCUGUCCGGUAUGUCCGACUCCGAAAAAUAUCCACCUUGUGCGACCCGAACGAGCAAACGCAAGAACUUCACAGAGAACAUGAACGAUCUCGAACACACAGCAGAAUUCUUUUGAUUAUUAGUGCCGACAUUGUACGAGCAACAAAUUUCCUAACUUGCAGGGACUAUACGUAUCACACUAUCACUGCAAUCCCAGUUCAGCAGUGCGGCUGCGUAUCUCCAUAUUGGCAACGUGCAAUGAUCAAGGUGCUCCCUGUCCAACUAUUGUCACCUGGCCAGAUGGUGUCACCUCCAUGGGAUACGGGUACUGACGCAGAAACGAUAUGCUGUCACGCCAGAGGAGAUCUUCCAUAUGGCUCUCUCCUCAACGCCCCAAUCUAUCACUCCGCCAUCACGACGGAGUGGUACAGCCACCCUUGGUCCCUGCAUACACUGCAGUUACCGGAAGGAACCCCGUCGAUAGAAGAGAGCAACCCAGUCACUGCUCGUUGGCCCGUGGCAUGGAGACCUGGGUCCCUGGACUAUUAUUCACAUAGAUUGGAUCAAUCGAUGCUGUACGAGGCUCCCCGGAAAGACCCGAUGUUUGAAGAUCGGUCGCGCGGUCGCAUAAUGGAUGCAAGCUUCCUCGUGCUCGCCAUGCGCGAAGUCUACAAAGAAAGAAAAAAACACCGAGGUCCGAAAGGAGCGUAUUACCUCUAA